GUAUAUUCACUAGCUAUACACCGAUUCGGUUUGGGGGUUUUAUGUACCUGCCCGCCGGUGGCGGCGCUAUAACUGGGGGGCUUCUCCGAUCCAGCUGACAGUACAGAGAGCUCGGGAGCGGUUACUAGCUAGCGGCGCAGCGACCCUGGCCGGCCUGGGCGAGGUAUAGGUAUAGCAUACCCGUUGAGCGAUCGAUUCUAUUCGCUGCACCUCUGUUACUCGCGAGUUUUGUGACGUUUUUCUUUGGACAAAAAGGAUUUCAUGUGUAUUGUUUCAUCAUGAAAAAAUCGAAGACAGGAACAGGGAAAAACUGUGCAGUGGUUGGAUGCACAAACAAUAGUAAAAAACUUCGAAAAUGGAAACUAUUGGUGUGUGAAAUUCAUUCACCUUUGACGCACGAUGAAUGUGAGUGCUUGCAACCUUACCAAAUGCACCGUUUCCCAAAUGGACGUUAUCAUGAUUCUGCCCGAAAACUUCAGGAGUGGUUGAAAAAUAUAAAUCGCAAGAAUUUUAUACCAAAUGCCAACAGCAGGGUGUGUUCUGUCCACUUCAAGGAUGGCAAACCAACUGCAGACCAGCCGUAUCCAUUCCAAUGCUUGGGUUACAAGAGUUAUAAACGACUGACUCCUGGAAGGCCACAGCCAAAGCGACGAGUGCCACUCAACUCGACAGACAUGGCGACUGAUGACGAACAGCCUAAUGAACUGCCUGACAAUGAUGAGGGAGGGAAUGGCACUACUCACACUUCUAUGCAGACCGAAACGCCAAAGAUGGAGGAUUCCCCUUUUAAGUGGCAGGAUAUCCCCCUUCAAGAUCACAACUAUGCCAUUAAGGACCAAUCGUGGCGCACCGUGUCAAAAGCAUCACAAACAGACCAUUGUCCUGAAGCAUCUGUUACAAACAUGGAUAAUUGUGUCGUGAAAUUUUACACAGGAUUACGUUUGGCUGUGUUUUGGGCAUUUGUAAAUUCUCUUAUCAUGUCUUUGUCCUCUAUACCGAAUUUUAAAAUUGCGGUCCACGAUCAGAUUCUUCUUCUUCUCAUGAGGCUUAGACUAGGCUUAAUGUUCACAGACCUUGGAGUACGAUUUCGCAUCUCCAGGACGACAGCAUGUACAAUAUUUUCUACAUGGUUGCCACUCAUGGCAAACUACAUGAGAUGUAACAUAAUCUUCUGGCCGCCACGUGACACUCUGGCAAGAAUUCGGCCCAAAAGCUUCGCUACUUUCCAUCCGAAAGCUACCUGCAUUAUAGACUGUUUCGAGAUCUUUGUACAAAGACCAUUAAAUCUGAUGAAACGAGCCCAAACUUAUUCAAACUACAAAAGCCAUAACACAUACAAGGCGCUUUACUGUAUUGCACCUAAUGGAUUUGUGUGCUUUGUCUCGAAACUCUUUGGUGGACGUGCAAGUGACACUUUUAUUUCAAGAAAUUGUGGUUUUGGGGAACAUUUGUUACCAGGGGAUGAAGUGCUAGCCGAUAGAGGCUUCACCAUUACGGACAUUUUACCACCAGGUGUAAAACUGUCGAUCCCAACAUUCACGAGGGGAUUCAAAGACCGUCGCCUACCCGAAAAAUGUGUGACGGAAACCAGACGAAUUGCAAAUGUACGGAUCCAUGUCGAGAGGGCGAUCCGACGUUUGAAAUGUUUCAAAAUAUUGAGUAGCACAAUCCCUGCUACUGUUCAAAAUGUUGAUGACAUUUUAAUUGUAUGUGCUGGCUUAUGUAACCUGCAGCCCCUCUUGAUUAAUGAAGAAAGUGAAUCAAUGGACAGUGAUAACAGUGAGGACACUGGCAGUGAAGGAAAAAUUAUUUUUGGUUCUGAACAAUAACUUAAGAAUCAUUUAUGAUUAAAUGGUUUUCAAGUUAUCGGAAUGAAAGAAAACAAGUUGUACUCUCGCAAGGUAAACUUCCUGCAAAAAAGGAAAUGUCAGUAGGAGUAGUCCCCCUACCAUAUUAAAGGAGGAGUACUUGCUCCGAUUUUUGUUAUUUCUAUUUAUAAAUGAUAUAUAUCACCAGCUAUUAAAUCUGGAGUUAUAACAAUAUGCUGAUGAUGUUAUAAUAUGAGACUGGGAAAGAUGUGCAAUCUAUAACCUCUGAAUAUUUAUUUCACAUUUUAAUCUUUUUCCAAUGUUAACAGGACCUUGUUGAAAACAAUAU